UUUUUUGUUAGAACCCAUCCCAGUUCCUCACCAAAAGCAAGAAGCACGGCACCUAGAAGAUCCUUCAUGAGCUUUACAGGAAGAUCUUUAGAAGCUAAGAAUAUGAACACAAGAAAUGGCAGGCUACUAAGGAAGCCCUGAGUUUGAGCCUAUUCAGUGUCAACAGCAAUCAGAAGAAAAUGGGAGUAUUUGCCUUGGCAGCCCAGAAAGCCUGGAGAGUGUUUGUGUCAGAAAGGAGGCUUGGCUGGAAGUACCUGAUACAGCUUUUUGCCAUUUGCUCUGCAGUAGGCUUCCUCUUAAGCAUUCUCCUCCUCCUUAGCAUCCAUGUCUCCCUGGAGCAGCAGUCCAUGGGUCUCUUGCUGCUUUGUGGCCUAGUCUGGGUCUCACUCUCCAUUGCUCUUUGCUUCUCCAAGCACCUGCGCUGCUUCAGUGCCCUAUUCCUUCUCUCCUGUGGGCUGCGGGAGGGAAGGAAUUCUCUCCUUACUGCUGGUACAGGUGUUGUGGUAGCUGGCAACAUCCAAAGUAUUUUCCACAACCUAAAGGUCCUGACGGACAGCAUAACCUGCCAUUUAGAGUAUGAGAAAUUUGAUUUGAUAAAAUAUUACAUUGAGGCUGUAAAAUGGAUUUACGAGAUGGCCAAUCUUCCUACCAACCUGCUUUCUGUGACAAUAAAGCAUAAGUUUACACCAUCGUACUCAAUUUUGGAUAAUACACUGAAACAAGAGCUGAAUGACACAAAACAAGAAAUCCAGAGAGUUGCUAACCAGAUAUCUUUUAUGCUGAAUAUAUUGCCCUGUAUAGGCCAGAAAGUACUGCCCAUAGUGGGGAUUCUUUUAGUUUGUUUUGGAACUGUCCUUUUUAUCAAACAUUUUGUGGGCUCUCAUAAUGCCAAGUUUAAGAAUACUUAUAUUACAAAACGGUUCAUCACAUUUGAUGAGCAUCAAAAGCAACAGCAAAGGCCAUGCCUUCUGCCACUUAACAAAAAGGAAAGAAAGAAUUACGUGACAAUCCCAUCUUUCAGCUUCACAAGGAAGGAGAGAAAACAGAUGCAGCAUUUUUUUCUCCCUGUAUUUAUUCAUCUUUGUGUCUGGCUUCUGUUUGCUGCAGUAGAUUAUUUGUUUUAUUGGCUAAUUAUUUAUGUGAAUAAACAUCUUCAAGAAUUACCAGAUCUGGAGAUUCGAUUCAGACUCUCUCAGCAAAAGAAUAGUCUUAUCAUUGUCAUGAAUGAGCAUAUUGCAAAGAAUGAUCUUUUGAAGAUCUCUUUGUUUAAGAAUAACUGCAUCCCUCAGCCAGAACUCCACCUCUCCACUACAUGGCUCCAGCUUGGAAUAAUCAUCUUCUUCUUAAUCAUUUUUGGGUUAUCUUCUGGCUUCUUGACCCAGCUUAAAAUACUCGUGUCAAAUUCAUUUUAUCCUGACGUGGAGACAAAGCGGAUACAAUAUUUACAUGCAAAAUUACUCAAGGAAAGAGCAAAGAUACAACAGAAAGCUGUCAAGAAUGUAUUUGCUAGAACGGUCAAUUUUUGGUUCCCAAUACUUAGGACAAGAGAAACUGUAUGGAAGAAAGACAAGGCUGCAUUAAAUGACAACAUGGUGUGAACAAGACCAAGUGAAACUUUGGAUAUGGAUGGGCAUAUGCUUUUGUUAUCUGAAUGAAUAAAUACUUAAAACUUUCCAGUAGCAAAUGUCAGAAGUUGUUUUCCACCUGAAAAACUGAAAAACAUCAAGUAUGGGGCAAAGAUGACUCUGUCUCUGUGGAAGAUGACCACAUGAGAGAACACUUCAACAAAUUGGGAUGUGAUGGGAUGCACCCAUGGGUGCUGAUGGAGCUGGCUGUGCCAUCAUGAGGCCAUUCCCAAUUGUCUUUGCAAGGUCAUGGAUGCUGGGAGAGACUCCUGAAUACUGGAAGAAAGUAAAUUUCACUUCAGUCUUCAAGAUGGACAGGAAGGAGAACCUGUGAAAUAACUGGUUCUUCAGUCCCACCUCAGACCCUUGGGAGGUAAUGGACCCUGGAAUCCAUUUCCAAAGACAAAAAUCAGGCAGGUAACUGGGACAUCUCCUGAGCAUAAUAAAAACUUUUUUACUUUGAGAGUGGUCAAAUGGUGAGGCUAUGGAGCCUCCAGCCUUGGAGACGCUCAGAACACAAUUGGAACAGUCCUGGGCAAUUCGGAGCAGUGGAAUCAGAAUGCAACAACCCCAGAGAUGGCUGCCAGCCCCAGCCACUCUGUGACUCCCUGUCUGUCACAGAAACCUCUGCAGAAAACCUAAGGCAUGCACAGCAGAAACUUGUGUUCCUUUGUGAAUGCAUUGUGCCAACACAAGUGUGACAUCACACAAACACUGCCAAACAGCCAUCCUGGUGUCAUGCACUCAAGCAGACUAAGGCCCUGCUCUCCUCAGUGACUGCAUACACACAUACCUGCGUGCUUAAGGAGAGCAGAACUACAGUCAGAGGAAACAUUUGCUCUUCCCUGCCUCCCUACAGAUAAGAGACCAGGAAAAAUGGCACAUUCUACAGAUUAUUUUGAAUUCUAAAACAAAUUCCUCUUCAGGGUCUCAAAUACAUUAGGGUUCAUCCCAAUGGCAGAACAACUUCUGUCCUGAGGCACAGUACGAGGUCUGCUCCUUCCGGGCCCAGUGGCGGAGAGGUAAACACCCACUAACUGAGGUCCUUAUGUUGUGCAGCUGUAAGGGUGGGUCUGCCCCUCCUGGCAUUGCAGAGACAUACUCCUCAUUCUCUGCAGCCCUUACAAGGGCUCCCAUUUGUUUCUGUCCUGUGAGCUGGAGAAGUUUGGGGGGUUUGUUGACCUUCAGCUGCCCCCUCUGCGUGUUGUUCAGUUCCUUCCACUGCCUGUUUAUCAUAGACCUGAACCACAUGAUUACAUUUUUUUCUUCUUCUCCUUAAAAUAAACAAACAAAUAAAUAAAUAAAUAAAAGAGUCUACAAGUUACAUUAAAAAGACAGUAUUCCAUCCCAAUUAUUUCUGUUUCUCUUCUUUCCUACCCUCUUAUUUCCUGAAUUUUAUUUUGGCUCUGUUCCCCUGUCCUCAUCAUUCAGAGUCCCCUUUCCCCUUGUGCCCCUUUUGCCCCUUUUGUUCUCUUCUGCUCCAGUAGAUCAUACUUCCCCAUGGA